AGAUAAGUAUCAGUUGAGGCACUCGCCCAGAACCAGAACAAGUCUAGAGCAGAUCCAGAAACAGAACCCAAACCAAAACCAGCAUCAACAUGAAGUUCUUCUCAGUUGUCACAGUCUUUGUGCUCGGUCUGCUCGCCCUGGCCAAUGCUGUUCCCCUGUCGCCCGAUCCCGGCAAUGUGGUCAUCAACGGGGCCUGCCGCCCUUGCCCGAAUAUCGACCGAAGGCCAUACAUAGAUAAAAACGAGGGGGAACGUUGUGAGUUGCUGCGUACACCGCAACUCUACAGUUAUACCCGAUACUAAGUCAGU